GAACCACAGUACUUCUCUUCAUUCAAAGCAUAUUAAAUAGCAUUCCAUGGUCUGAUGUUCAUGACAUCGACCUCUUCUUCGAGGUCUGCAUAUACAGACUCUACGACACUCGCUGUGGACUUGGAUAUCGUCGAAGAGAUAUUUCAGCGAGGGCGAUACGCAACGUCUUUCCCGCAAGUGUUCAAAUCGUACACAGAAGUUCUGCAAGAGCAUGGGAUCUCAGCUACCAACGACUCUGUCUACUACAACUUCCUCUUGAAGGUCGGAGUCUUAAAAGCGUCAACAUGGGGAGACAAGUGGGAUCUAUGGAAAUCGACCCGACUAAACCAAACGUUGCCUUCAAGCGCUUCUGUAUCCCGUAUUAAUCAAGAAGAUUUCGGCAACAAGAAAAGUCAAAAAUCUUUCGCUUCAUCCCAUUUGCCUGAGGUUCGAAAACGCGUUCCUUUCCUUGCUUCUGCUUCAUCAGAUCUGGAUGAGGGCUACACAGGCGGCGAGGAAAGCGAAGCAUCCAUCAGGGCGAGUCCACGGAUCCAGCUUGUCAAGAAAGAGAUUGCAGACUAUACGCCUGUCGAAACGGUGGAUGUUACCGGAGAAGACUUGUUAUCCUUCGAUCCUCCUAUUCGAACUUCGACUCCAAUCUUCGCUCAAUAUCCCCAGUCGGGCUACCCCCCAGAUUACACCGCUUCAGAUGUUAGUCAGGACCUUGAACAAGCUACAGAAGAGUUCUCUACACUAGGUUUAUCAACCCCAAAAGCACAGACAAAACAAACGCUGCAAACAGUCUCAUGGGUAGAUCGCAUUGAUGAUCUCCCAUUGGAAAUGAAAAGACAAAUGGAACAGAAGGCCGAUACAUUCUACAUGUAUGGUCUGACUUGGAGAUGUUGGAACAUGUGGUUUAAGACAAGCGAGUGGUAUAGAAUUACUUAUAAGAAUAUUAUCACCGCCAGAAACAACCUUUUGCUCCGCCAAAUGCUCGAGAGAUGGCAUAAAUCAUCACGUCGUCUCCUAUCACUCCCUCCGAUUGCCGAUCGUCAUCGCGAACAACAUCUUAAGUCGGCCACACUAAAGACGUGGAUGACCAAGCUGAAAGAACGUGAUCUCGACCGGAUGGAACAAAGAUUGACUAGGCGGAAAGAAGUAGAGAGGAUCCGAAAAGCUCUUGCACAUUGGAAAAGAAAAUGGGACGACAGACGAACGGAGAGAUGGAAAAAAGACAUGGCAGAGAGGGAGUUAGGCUUCAUAGAGAGAAGGAGAGAAAAUCAUAUAUUGACUGUCUUCCAACAUUGGCGUGUGGAAGCACGUCUCCGAUACUUAAAAGCCUUUAAAGAACAAGGGCUUAUCUUAUCAAUUUUCUACGCUUGGCAUGACCUCACCACCAAACAGCGAUAUCUUAAAUCCAUUUUACAAGACAUUCAACUUCGCCAAAAGGAAGAUGCGUUGCAUUUAUGGCAAAAGAUGGCAAUGUUGAAGCCCAAGGAGAAGUUGGCAAUCGAUACUGGAAAAGGAAGGUUGCUGGCGAGAGUGUGGAAUGACUGGAACGUUGCAAACUGGCUGAGUCAACAAUCUUCUGCAUUUGAUCGCCGGUGUCUUUUCAACAAGGUCAUGACAAAAUGGAAGUCGGCAACGAUAAAUCAGCAAGCACUCGGCCGUAGAUCAGAAACCUUUGAUAAACUGCGUCUCUUGCAGACUAGCCUCAAACAAUGGAGGAUCGCUUCCAGGGAGAGCCUGUUCAAUCAAAUUCGAGAAAAGCGGCUACAAAGCCGUGCCUUCGUCGUCUGGAAGGGCGAAAUGGACCGAGUGGAGAAGCUAAAUGCACUUGCUCAUCAGUUCACUCGCAGACGCCAAUCACACGCUCUCUCUUCUCAUUUCAUUCGCUGGCGCUCUCAUCUAUCCUCUCUGCAGACUUUAUCUCUACAAGCCAGGCUCGUCCACAAGCAACACCUUGUCAUCAACUGCUUUUCAAAGUGGAAAGCCUCUUCCCGUACCGUGAUAGCCAACCAAGCCUUGGCAGACAAGGCACAUGGCUUCUUCGCACUGAGAAUGGCGUUCAAGACUUGGGGAGUACAGUAUAGGAGGAGAAAGGCUACGGCAUGGAUUAAGGAGAAAGAAAAGGAGAGGUUGAAACCUAUUUUCGACAGGUGGAGAGUUCUAGCGAAGAGAUACCGUGGUCUUGAGAAACGAGAAACUGCGUUCCAAAGGUUUGUGGAAGAGCGAACCAAAGAACGGCUUCUAGCCAAAUGGACUGAGCGAGUCGUCGAAGUUAAAGACCUCGAACUUAAAAUAGUGAGGCAGAGGGACGAGCAGACUGUAAAGAAUGCGUUGGGGCGAUGGAAAUCCCAUUUGGAAGAGAUUAGGGCAAGCAAGAAAAAGGCCGAUGAUUUCCUUGAAAUUCGGGAGAACGAAAAUCUUCGACGUGCAUUUCGAUUUUGGCGGUCGCAAGCCAAGCGGUCGAAACGCCUACGGCUUGCGUCUGAGCGAUCAAUCAUCGAGAGAAAAAACAAGCUGCUGCGAUGCAUUUGGGAUAAGUGGUGGAACCGAAAGAGAGAGAAGGAUCUGGACGAUAUCAGGAAGGAAGUCGAGUUCUUACAUGAAAACGUCAUCCUAUACGGCGUGAUGGACAAAUGGAAAGCCAACACCCAUAUCCUUCCCGGGAUCACCGCGGACUCCCAGCGGGUGAAAAGCAAGACAUGGGCUACUUGGGAGAGAGCUUUGGAAAGGAGAAAAUGGGCCAAAGCCAUGAGGAAAGAAUGGGAUCAAAAGCUGCUUGCCGAAGUGUUUAGACUGUGGAAAGAAGCUGCUGCUCACAAAUCCAUGCUUAAUGCUAGGAAACAUCGAGGUCGUCCUCGUCCCUCUGGAUCUACUCCAACGACGACUACCCACACAAUUGGAGCACGCCGAUCACUCCCUUUGACUCACUCUUGCGAUCCUGCACCUAGUAGUUCUCACAUCUUACUUUCAGCUGCCGCAAGCGGUACCUCUGCCUCCGGAAGAACCCAGUCCAACCAACAUAGACAUGAUGCUAGAGGGAGCGAAAGCGUGGCUAGUGAGCCGGUUUAUUCGAGGCUGAGAGAAGAACUGGGGCGAAAAAGAAGAGGAGUGAGUGAGGAACCUGCAUAUGGGAACAUGAUAGGAGGUGAAUCGAGAAACGCUGAGAGGUUGGAAACGCCUAGGAGCGGAAGCGAGAUGCUCCGGGCUCUGAGAGGGGUCAUGCCUGGACGAUAAGUUGUAGUCCCUGCUGUUAUUAUUUGUAUGAACAAGUAUAAUGCAUAAAUAUCGACACU